AGAAUACCUACCCACCUACCUACCUAUAGACAACUGUAUAAUUUUACAGUUCUUUCCACCAUUUGCUUCGUCUUUCUAAUACCUGAAUCGUCAAAUAAAAGCAAUUCCAGGCGCCCAAAAAUCACCGAAAUAUGUCUGAUAAACCGACAUAUAGCCAGUUUGCCUGCAUCGGCACUGGAUUUUCUGGCAUCGCUCUGGGAUGCACUGCCAAGCGCUGGUAUGGGAUUUCGGAUAUCCGCUUCUUCGAGAAGAACAGCGAUCUGGGAGGCACUUGGCUGGUGAACCAAUAUCCAGGGUGUGCUUGUGAUAUUCCUAGCCUGCUCUACAGCCUCUCUUUCGCCCCCAAUCCUGAGUGGUCCUCACCCCUGCCUUCCCAGCAAGAGAUCUGGCAAUAUCUCAACAAGGUAGCUAUCCAAUAUGGUCUCCGUGAAAAAAUGACCUUCAAUUCCACCGUUGAGAAGUGCGAAUGGAUUGAACAAACCAGCCGUUGGCGUAUCACCGUUCGUGAUAACGCAUCCGAUACGACUUUUGUUCACGAGAGCCAGUUCCUCUUCAGCGCAGCGGGCGUCCUAGUCCACCCUCGCAAGCCAGACCUUCCAAACAUCGAGAGCUUCAACGGCCCUAUUCUUCAUGCCGCUCAAUGGCGCCACGAUGUUGACCUGACUGACAAAAAGGUCGCCGUCAUCGGCAACGGCUGCGCAGCUGCACAGAUUGUCCCAGCAAUCAAAGAUCAAGUGAAGCAUGUCACGCAGUUUGCACGCUCCAAGCACUGGAUCACCCCUCCAAUGCCAACGCCCAACGUCAAGCUGUUUCAGUGGCUGUUUAAGAACGUACCUGGUGUCCUUGCCUUCUGCCGCUUUGCCGUCUUCCUAAUCUGUGAAAAAAACAUGACGGGCUUCUUGAUGACCAAGGCUGGUGCCGCUCAUCGCAGUUUUCUGACAGCCAAAGCUACGAAAUACAUCGAGGAAACGGCCCCCGAAAAGUACCACGGCAUGUUGAUUCCCGACUUCGAGAUUGGCUGCAAGAGACGUAUUAACGACAUGGGCUAUCUGGCGAGCCUGCACUCGGACAGUGUCACACUCCGAACCGAUGCCAUCGAAGAGGUAACGCCUACAGGCAUCCGCUCAAAGGACGGCUUUACUGAAGCAGAUGUUAUCGUCCUGGCCACUGGUUUUGACUCGAAUUCUUUCUGCACAAAUAUUGACAUGGUUGGACGGGGAGGCGUCACGGCAGAGGAGCAUUGGAACUCUCUGGGUGGACCGGCAGCGUAUCACUCAACAAGCCUUUCCGGAUUCCCGAACUUCUUUAUCAUUUUGGGUCCGAAUACGCUUACAGGCCACACAUCAACCCUUAUGGCCAUUGAAAACGCCGUCAACUACUCUCUCCGACUGAUCCAACCCAUCCUUCAAGGCAAUGCUAUGGCUGUCGAUGUCAAGAUCGACGCAGAGAAGGAAUAUGUUGACCAGAUUCAGACAGAUCUUAAGGGCACAGUGUUCUAUUCUGGAUGCAGCAGCUGGUACACCAGGGCUAGAAAUGGGGCUGUGCACAACGCCAUGGCAUAUCCCUAUUCUCAGCCCUACUUUUGGUACCAGAGUCUGUUUCCCGCCUACAAGGACUUCAAGUACGAUGUUGCCAAAAAUUCGCCACACCAACAGGUUUGGAGGAGAGCGAUUCGAUAUUUCUUCUAUGCCGCUGCGUCUCUGUCCAGCUUGAGCCUGAUGGUGUCUGGCACAAAGAACAUGUGGGAUUUGGCAAGCUAUGUGCCUUUCUUGCAAAACCAGGCAAGUGUGUUUGGCAAUGGCCUCGCGGCAUAUGUAAAACUACACAGUAAUUAGAUGGCAUAUCCCGUUCAUCGUAGUUAGAUUAAACAUGUUGUACGUAAUUAUUAG